ACAUUAACCAAAGCUCUUUGGGGUCCUAAAUAAUUUAAGGUUUUAAAGGGCUCCUGAGGCUAAAAAGUUUAAGAACUCCUGUUCUUUAUCAGCUACUAUGGUUGGUGGUCACUAUUUCUAGUGCUCAUAAUUGGAGGAGAAUAGGGGGCAUUUUUCUCCUUCUCGCCUUACCCAUCUGUAUGCUCCUUCCUGACCCUGCCUGGGGGAGCUGUUUUUUACUAUCUAUCUUGUAUUACAGGUGGGAAACCACUUAACUUGGACCUUAUUGACAGCAAUUUCAGUUUUAAGUUGGAUUAAAAUUUUAAAACACCAUGUUUAGUUCCUGGGGUCAGUGGAAUGCUUUAGUUGCCUGUGUCUUACCGAUUUUACUUUAUAGAGUUAAGUGUUCAGGCUCACUCAGCUUUCUUUGUAAAAUGUGUACACUGGUUGAUACAAUUUGACUUCCAGUUUGAACUGUAAGCAUCCGGUGUGAUCCAGAAUUUCAGUACAGAACAGAUUACACAUUGGUGGAGGGAGUAUGUGGCUUUUCAGCAUGACAGUGCAUUUUCUUUCUUUUGUAGAUAUGUUGGGGGAUUGGUUAUGAAAUGGGUAGUUUCCAUUUAGGCAGCCAAUGACUGUGUUCUGUCACUGUCUGUGUCAAGUACUUGCAGAUAAAAUUGAGGCUGAGAUUAAAAAUGGUCAUGUUAUUUUUCCAGAAGAACAUCUGGUUGCAUUUAUUAGUUAAUCCUUUUAAGCCAGCAAGUCAGCCUGUGCUCUUUGAGAGCAACUAGAGAGUAACGCUUGUUAUCUGAAGCUUAUAUUGAUCCUUUAUAAGUGAAUGGCUAUUAUUAUUACCAAAUUGUUCCCCCCCGCCCACAGUGCCUUCUGUUGAAGGAGAAGCCUCUGCCAUAAUGCAAGUUCGUGAAUACUGGCUGUGUUUACCAGCCUCUCACAUUAGACCUUUCGUACAGACGGUCAGGGUGAUGCCGUCUGGUUCCCACUGUUGCUGGUGUCCACGUGUUCUCCCUUCAGUCCCCAAGCCGUCAGGUGCACCAGCCACGCUGCCAAGGGCCAGCCACAGUGCCAUGCCUCCUCCUUCACCUUCCUCCACUGCACCCCCUUCCACAUCCCAGGCAUCCUGCUCUACUGACUCUAACUGCCUUCCAACCUCUACAGCUGAUGGUGGGCCGGAGGGAAAUGUACAGUUGGGGCUGGCUUAUCAGGAGGGCAGACUUCAAAAGCUACUAAAAAUGAAUGGCUCUGAGGAUCUCCCUGAGGCCUACGACUAUGACCUCAUCAUCAUUGGAGGGGGCUCAGGAGGACUGGCAGCCGCCAAGGAGGCAGCCAGAUAUGACAAGAAGGUAAUGGUCCUGGAUUUUGUCACUCCAACCCCUCAUGGAACUAGAUGGGGUCUUGGAGGAACAUGUGUGAAUGUGGGUUGCAUACCUAAAAAACUGAUGCACCAAGCGGCUUUGUUAGGACAAGCCCUACAAGACUCUCGCAACUAUGGUUGGAACACCGAGGAGACAGUUAAACAUGACUGGAAUAAAAUGACAGAAGCCGUACAGAACCACAUUGGUUCUCUGAACUGGGGCUACCGGGUAGCUCUGCGGGAGAAGAAAGUCACCUAUGAGAAUGCAUUUGGGCAGUUUGUGGGUCCUCAUAGGAUUAAGGCAACAAAUAACAAAGGCAAAGAAAAAAUUUAUUCAGCAGAGAGAUUUCUCAUUGCUACUGGUGAGAGGCCACGUUACUUGGGCAUCCCUGGUGACAGAGAGUACUGCAUCAGCAGUGAUGAUCUUUUCUCCUUACCUUAUUGCCCGGGUAAGACGCUGGUGGUUGGAGCAUCCUAUGUUGCCCUUGAAUGUGCUGGAUUUCUUGCUGGCAUUGGCUUAGAUGUUACUGUUAUGGUACGAUCCAUUCUCCUUAGAGGAUUUGACCAGGACAUGGCCAACAAAAUUGGUGAACAUAUGGAAGAACAUGGUGUCAAGUUUAUAAAACAGUUUAUACCAAUAAAAGUUGAACAAAUUGAAGCAGGGACACCAGGCCGACUCAGGGUGAUAGCUAAGUCCACCAGUAGUGAUGAAAUCAUCGAAGGAGAGUAUAAUACGGUAUUGCUGGCAAUAGGAAGAGAUGCUUGCACAAGAAAAAUUGGCUUAGAAACCGUGGGGGUAAAGAUAAAUGAAAAGACUGGAAAAAUACCUGUCACAGAUGAGGAACAGACCAAUGUGCCUUACAUCUAUGCCAUUGGCGAUAUAUUAGAGGGGAAGCUGGAGCUUACCCCAGUAGCAAUCCAGGCAGGAAGAUUGCUGGCUCAGAGGCUUUAUGCUGGCUCCAAUGUGAAGUGUGACUAUGAGAAUGUUCCAACAACUGUGUUUACUCCUUUGGAAUAUGGUGCCUGUGGUCUUUCUGAGGAGAAAGCUGUGGAGACAUUUGGGGAAGAAAAUAUUGAGGUUUACCAUAGUUACUUUUGGCCGUUGGAGUGGACGAUUCCAUCAAGAGAUAACAACAAAUGUUAUGCAAAAGUAAUCUGUAAUAUCAAAGACAAUGAACGUGUUGUGGGCUUCCACGUACUGGGUCCAAAUGCUGGAGAAGUGACACAAGGCUUUGCAGCUGCCCUCAAGUGUGGACUGACCAAAAAGCAGCUGGACAGUACCAUUGGAAUCCACCCCGUCUGUGCAGAGGUAUUCACGACUCUGUCAGUGACCAAGCGCUCUGGGGGAAGCAUCCUCCAGGCCGGCUGCUGAGGUUAAGCCCCAGUGUGGAUGCUGCCGCCAGCACUCCAAACCACUGCCCUGUUUCCUUGCCCAAAUCCAAGGAGAAGUUUUAGGAAGGGUCUUGGGCUUUGGCACAUGCAUGUCCUGUGCUCACAGCACCCAAGGCCCCCUUGGAUCUCCUGGGUAGGAGGUGGUGAAUGGAAGGCAGGCAGCGUCUCACUGGGGUCACCGUGAUGGACUGGAACUGACAUUCGGCAGUGCAUCGGCGCGGUGCGUCCAUGAAGUCACUGGCCUCAAGCCCAUGUGGUGGGCAGUGAUGGAACAGCUGUCGAGCAGUUUGAGCAUGACCCUCCCUUUCUGCGUUUGCUGAUUCUCACUGUUAAGCUCUCUAAUGUUGAUUCUUUUUUUCUUUUUUCCUCCAAGGUGUAAAUGAGACUAGAGACAUGUUAGUAGUCGAUUUUUGUCCAAAAAUAAGUCUUGGCUAGAGUAUGCAAGUAAGGCGCCUUGUGCAUGGGAGGCAUGACUUGGUCCCUUGGAGGCUGCAUAGGCUUGUCGCACACAAGAGAACCGUCCCAGGAUUCCCGUGUCCUGUUCUCUGUGACCGUUGAGCAGUGUCUCCCCUGAUGAGUUCUGUGUCCAGAACAAGUACAGUUAUGGUUGAAUCUGGCCACAUUUGCUCCAUGUGCUACAUCACCGACUAUUAUCAGUUGUAAUUGUGUUUAGGAAAGGAGGUGGCUGCUUGGCCAGCCUGUUGGAAGUAAUCCUCUGGUGCAUGGAACUCUCACUAGAGGAGGAUUCCCACCAGGACUCAUCAGGGAGGCAGAGGGGCACCUUAAAUGGGGAAAAACAAUAAAUGUUUUCCUUUAUAUAGUUUAUUGUGUUGGUCUAAGUGAGCUCUUUUGCAGUAAGAAACAUUUAACUUGUGUAAUACCUUUUUUUGGGGUAACUUUAGCUUUAAGCUAAAAACAUAGACUAUCACGGCCUUACUUUUCACAUGUGCUUUGUAUCUGUCCCUUCCUACGAGCUACAUUCAUAGGAAAAUAGGUCUUCCCACAUUUAUGAUUUAACUCUUUUGUGGUAAUUGCUUUUUUAAGGAAGGUAUUAAUGUCAUAAGUUAUUAUUUUUGACCACAGGUGGAUGUGAAGGAUUUUCAUUUAAAAACCAAAUGGUUUUGACUUUUUCUGUUGAAUGAAUGACUGGUCCUGGCGGAAUUGUGGCCGAAGUGUUUAUGCUCCGUUAGCAUUCCAACUUGUAGUGUGACAGAGAGGGAUUAGCUCUGCAGUUCUAGAUUUCUGCGUGAAUGUGCUGUCUACUCCAGGAUUACGUGUGGGCCACCUUGUCUCUCUUGAAGUUGGAUUUGAAAACUUGUGCUGUGGCCAUCAGGCCUCCCGCCAGCAGGUCACCCCUCCCCUCAGCCCAGAUUCUCAGCGGCAACGCCGAUCAGCUGAUCCGCAGUACAUUUCUUGGUCACCUCAGGGAGCUUCUGCGUCUGCCUGGCACUUAGUCAGCACAGUGCCUAAACCUGCCCCACACGGCUGUGCCUCACGCCCUCACCCACGUGGUUCUGUGAAGACCCCGGGAAAGGAGAACAGGGGGAAACUGAGGCAGUUGACUGUGUUCAGUUUUAUUUAUUUAAUAGUUUUUUCCUCCAGGCCUGCCAGUCUCAGAAGUUAGAACAAUAGGCAGUAUGAUAUGUUUGUGCCUAAUCAUGUUGUGAUUUUCUCUUCUUAGUGGAAUGGAAUGUUUGGCCCCUACAAGAAGGAUUAUACUUUAUCGACUUGUCCUAUUUAGAUUCUAUAAUUGCCCACUGUACUGAGAUUCGUAUUAAAUUCUACGUAUUUUGUUAUAUAUCUUCUGGAAAAAAAACAAUGUGAAACAUUAAAAGGUAUUAAUAUCCA